AAGAUGUCUUCAUCAGGAAAAGGCCUUUUGUUCUUCUUGAAAAAACCUUUUGAGAAAUUUCUUUCCCCACAAAGGCCUUGUUUGCAAAACCAGGUCUCUACAGUUGCCGUAGAAAUGGAGAAGCUAGAUGUCAUUCAGGAGAGUGAAAAAGUUGAGAAACUGAUGCUUGAGCAGAGCAUAAGCCAUACAAUUGUAUGCAACAAAAUGAAUAAGGAGUAUCCAGGUAGGGAUGGAAACCCGCCAAAAAUGGCGGUUCGAGGGUUGUCUUUCGCUGUUCCUUCGGGAGAGUGCUUUGGUAUGUUAGGGCCCAAUGGUGCCGGGAAGACCUCAUUCAUCAACAUGAUGACUGGGCUUGUGAAACCGACAUCAGGGUCAGCGUUUGUACAAGGUUUGGACAUAUGCAUGGAUAUGGACAGAGUAUACACAAGCAUGGGUGUAUGUCCACAACACGAGUAA